AUGAUAACCAAAGAAAGAUUUUCUGCGUUAGCAUCGAAUAUCAAUAAUAAGACGCGGUUAUUCGUUGAAGCUUUACAUAUAGGGUUUCAUGGUUAUGAGGAUCGUUCAGUCUUAUGGAACAUAUCACCAUUACCAUUAUCGCCGUCACCUAGUGAUAAUACUUGGAUAUUAAUCAAAGAUCAAGAUGUUGAAGCAAUCAUAAGUGAUAAUUUAAUUGAUAACGUCUUAGUUAUGGGUAAACGUGCCUAUACUAAGGAUACAAUUUUGCUUGGAGAACUCAAAUUGUCUGAAAUUAAUCCAAUACCGAAGGGUGUUUCACAAAUCGAAGUUACCUUUGAGGUGCAAACGGUAUCCGCUGCUGAUAAUAAAAUUGGAAUAUUAAUAAUAUGA